AUGACUUCACGCCCGCCUGCGGACCCGGCGCCCACUUCGCUCUCAGCGUCCCCGGCCAGCGAUACCUUCAGCAGCAGCCCCUCUCGCGCCAGCCUCCGUGACAACUCCUCCUCCUACUACUACUCCUCCUCCUCCACAGCCACCAUCACCCCUUCCACUACCGCCUCCAAGAUCCGCCCAAAGAGCCCAGCUGUAGAUGCCCUUUCGCACCGUCCCGGACUAGUCUCGCGCACCUCCGACUCUUCCACAAAGACCAUCCAACCCCGCCAUCACAUCCGCAACAAGUCGAGCAGUCUUGUCCCGACCCUUUCCACCCUCAACGUCGGCACUGCACCCUCGACCCGCCAACCACCCACCAUGGCCUCCCACGCCGGCACCACGUCCUCUGGCGCUGCCGACCUGCUUCGACAGGCAAUGACACGGUAA